AUGUCCUCAAAAUCGAGAUACUAUUUGGAACAAUGUAUUCCUGAAUUGGAUGAUUUGGUAGAGAAAAAACUAUUUACCAAGAAUGAAGUUUCCGCCAUUAUGAAGAAAAGAACUAAUUUUGAACACAGACUAAACUCAAGAGGUUCUAGUGUCAAUGAUUAUCUUAAAUAUGUCACCUAUGAAUCAAAUGUGGAUAAUUUGAGAUUGAAAAGAGUGAAAAGAAUCUUACAAGCUAAUAAAUCAAACAGUAUUUCAGAUUGGUCUAUGCAAAAGAGAAUAAUGUUCAUAUAUCAAAGAGGUUGUAAUAAAUUUCCAAAAGAUCUGAAGUUUUGGGCAAUGUAUUUGCAUUAUUUGAAAUCAAGAGGUAAUCAAACUUCAUACAAGAAAAUCCAUAACGUUUAUAAUGAAUUGAUCAAACUGCAUCCUUCAAAUAUUGAUGUUUGGAUCAGUUGUGCUAAAUAUGAAUAUGAAGUCCAUGCUAAUUUCAAAAGUUGUAGAACAGUUUUCCAAAAUGGUUUGAGAUUCAAUGCAGAUCAGCCUAAACUAUGGUAUGAGUAUGUUAAAUUCGAAUUGAAUUUUAUUACAAAAUUGAUUAAUAGAAGAAAAGUAAUGGGUUUAAUAAAUGAAAGAGAACAAGAAUUAGAUAUGUUGAAAGAACAAGAAGAGAAAAAUGCUGACGAUGAAAAUGAUGCCGAAAGUGACGGUGAUGAAGAAGCUUCAGGUUACCUUAAGAGAGGACCAUCCACUGGUGAUUCCAUGAAAGAUAAAUUAAAUGAAUUACCAGAAGCAGAUAUGAAUAUGUUAGGUGAUAAAGAUACAAACCCUGCAUUACAUGGUGAUAUCGCUUUAACAAUUUUUGAUAUUGCUAUUGAAACUUUAGGUAAAUAUUAUAUUAAUAAGCAUAUGGGUUAUUAUGCCGUUUCUGAUAUGAAAUUAGAUAAGGAAUUGAGAAAAGAUACGGUAAAAUAUCUAUUUGAAAAAUCAUUAGAAUAUGUGGCGCUAUUUGAAAAGUUUGAUGACUUGGAUAGGGUAUAUUUGAUUAAUCAUAUUAUACAAUUUUGGAAAAAUGAUAUGCAUGAUAUGUCUUUACCAAAUGAAUUGCCAGAAUUGUAUGUCAAGAAUUUGAUUAUGGAUAUAACAUUAAAUAUAAGAUUCAUCGAUGUGGAAAGCCUUGAUAUUGAUCAAUUGCAAUUAUCAGUAAAGAAAUACUUCGCAUACAAGAACAAGUUGAAGGACACCGUAUUAACUGAAAUUCAAUCAUCGUAUACUUCAUAUCUACGAGAAAAUUACUUGUGUCAUUUAGAUAAAGAUGAUUCGAGAUAUGGUAUCUUGGACCAAAUUAUCAAGAAACUUUAG